AGAAGAAGAAGAAGAAGAAGAAGAAGAAGAAGAGGAAGAAGAAGAAGAAAAAGAACCAGAAGAAAAAGAACCCGCGCAAAUCAGGUGACUACGUGCUUUGUUGGAGCCAUGUCAGUCGAAGGAGUAAAUAAAGUACUGUGUGGGUUCUAAUCACUUCACCAUGUUGAUAAACUCAGAACAGGAGGCCCUGAUUGGGCGGGUGUUUGAAACCUAUCUGACAGAGCAUCAUCAUGGUGACAUUCUUCAACUUAUUGCAGAUGCUAAUCAAGAGACCCACCACCCUGUUGUUGUUAAUGCAAUGACAUUGUUUGAAAGCAAUAUGGAGGUCGGGGACUAUUUCAACGCGUAUCCCAACGAUGUCUUGGAUAUAUUUGAUAAAGUGUUACAGAAAACAGCCAUGGACUUGUCACAGAAUGCAUCUCCCAAGCAAUACAAAGGACAAAGAACAAAAGAGCAACGAAUGAGACGCACUCUUCAUGCUCGCAUUACAGGUUUACCAGUUUGUCCAGAACUAACCAGAGAGACCAUUCCCAGGUCAAGAGACAUAAGGCAUUUUUUGUCUGUCACUGGUACUAUCAUACGUACCAGUGUUGCAAAGGUUCUGGAAUACGAGCGUGAUUACAUGUGCGACAAGUGUCGUCAUGUUUUCUCGAUGCAGGCCGAUUUUGACCAGUUCUAUGCAUUUGUCCCACCUGUGACCUGCCCUAAUCCUGAUCACUGUAAUUCAUACAAGUUCAGCUGUCUGUCAGGAGGAUCUGAGCCUGCAGCCUGUAGAGACUAUCAGGAGAUCAAGAUACAAGAACAAGUGCAGAGGCUAUCAGUGGGCAGUAUUCCUCGGUCUAUGGUGGUGGUUCUUGAGGAUGACCUGGUUGACAGUUGUAAAUCUGGAGAUGACGUGACCGUCUAUGGGGUUAUGUGCCAGCGCUGGAAGCCCUUUUAUGAGGGCACUCGGAGUGAUGUGGAGAUGGUCCUCAAAGCUAACAAUAUAGAAGUAAACAACCAGCAGACUGCCGCUGCACUGCUCAUGAAGGAUGCUCAGCAAGAGUUUGCUGUUUUCUGGGAUAAUUACAAACAUAACCCCAUAGCUGGUAGGAACCAGAUCUUGUUGAGCCUGUGCCCACAGGUAUUUGGCAUGUAUGUGAUUAAACUGGCAGUGGCCAUGGUGUUGGCUGGUGGAGUGCAGAGGAUAGAUUCUUCUGGGACCAAGAUCAGGGGUGAGUGUCAUAUGCUGCUGGUUGGUGACCCAGGCACAGGGAAGUCUCAAUUCUUGAAGUAUGCUGCUAAGAUCCUGCCUCGUUCUGUACUCACAGCUGGCAUUGGAUCAACAAGUGCAGGACUGACGGUUGCAGCGGUUAAAGAUGGAGGCGAUUGGCACCUGGAGGCAGGAGCUCUGGUCCUGUCAGAUGGUGGCUUGUGCUGCAUCGAUGAAUUCAACAGCAUCAAGGAACAUGACCGCAUCAGCAUUCAUGAAGCUAUGGAGCAACAGUCUAUAAGUGUGGCCAAAGCUGGUAUGGUUUGUAAGCUGAACACUCGCUGCACCAUCCUGGCAGCUACCAACCCUAAAGGCCAGUACAAUCCCAACGAGCCACUGUCUGUGAAUGUAGCUCUGGCCAGUCCUCUGCUGAGUCGUUUUGACCUGGUCCUUGUUCUGCUGGACACCAGAAAUGCAGAGUGGGACCACAUCAUCUCCUCUUUUAUUCUGGAGGACAGAGGACUGGCUGCUGAGUCUUCCAGUCUGUGGCCCAUGGAUAAAAUUAAGGCUUACUUCUGUGCGAUUAAACGCCUGCAGCCGCAGGUGUCUGACGAAGCCAACAGCAUCCUGACACGCUAUUACCAGCUGCAGAGACAAAGUGAUGGCCGCAAUGCUGCUCGCACCACCAUCCGUAUGCUGGAGAGUCUAAGCCGACUAGCUGAAGCACAUGCCAGGCUUAUGUACAGAGAGAUAGUGACCAUAGAGGAUGCUGUCAUGGCUGUCUCUGUCAUGGAGUGCUCAAUGCAGGGCGGUGCUUUGCUUGGGGAUGUAAAUGCACUACUGACCUCAUUCCCUGUGGACCCUGGUCAGCAGUAUGAAGCUCAGUGUCAGGUACUACUGGGAGGGCUGAACCUGCCACUGCUCCUUCAGAAGGAGAUGGAUAGACUGGCCAGGCUAAAAAGCAACUCCUCAGAUGGCUCCCAGUUUGAUUCACAGACUGCUCAUUACCAACUUCACCCCAGGGACACAAACACCCACAACAAAACACACGUCCAUGACAUGACCAGUGUCUGCAAGGGGGAUGCCACGGUGGAGAGUGGCUUGGACUGGUUCCACUCCAUCACUUCAUCAGUGUCACUAGAGGAUCUGACCCCACCAUCAAUGACAUCAACUCAAGAAAACCUGAGCAGAAUUCCAAACUCCAUUGGAGCAAAAACAACUGCUGCAAUUAAACAACCAAAUUGUCAAACUGAGGAGGACUUUCGAAAAAACAUAGGCUCAACAUUGACCCGUGAAGGAAGUUCCUCAUCAGAAGAAGAAAACAAAAAAAAUGAGAAAAAUGAAUACGUCAAAGAAAAAAGCUCCAUUUGCAAAGAGAUACAUCAGCCUGAAAGACAGAAAGAUGACCAACAUUCAAAGUCAUUGGGGUGUGUGUUCCAAAAGGUCACUAAGAAUCUGAGAGACAGAAGACUCAGAGAGCUAGAGUCAAAUGAUCUGCAGUGUAACAAAGUGGAAGGAGGGGGACAUGGAGACAGUGUGGUGUUCUCAGCUGGUACAGGUAAAAAUGUGACUCAUGUUUUAAAAGCUACUUCAGAUUCCCACAGAAGCAGCAUAAUGUCAUCAGGUAAAACCCUCCUUUCUAAUUACCUAAUGCACAAUAGUCAGUCCUGUGUCAAACAAAGGAGAUUACUGAAAGAAGAUAAAACAAAUCAGACUGAGGACAUCUUCACUGCCCAAAGGGAAAAGAUUUCAGCUGAAGUUGACACAACUAAAGACUCAAAUGUCAGUGCAGAGUUUCAAACGGAAUAUAACUUGGGCAACAGAGAUCUCCGUGACUACACAGGCAGCAGAAUAGGUAAACAAUUAGUAAUGCACGAUGAGCCAGCCAGACCACCUACAGACACAGAGAAGAAUGAAAGAAAGAAAAGACAGAACCAGUUCCAAAAUCUUGUGCAAGGUAGGUGCAGUAGAAAAAAGGUGAGCUCUGUCAGUGAAGUGGCUGAGUGUGGGUCUGGGGAUAGUACUUGUUUCACAUCAGUUGAGCUGGAUCGGAAUAUUUUUUCUUUGGGAAAGGAAAAAUCUGCUCAAGGCAAAAGUGUUGGUAGAAUAAAGAAGAGUAAUGAUUCAGAAAAUCUGUGUCAGCAGCAAAGAACCAGAGACAACAACAGUGAUAAGACUACAGAAGAUGAUUUUACUGGCGGCCCCCAUUUAAAUGCAACCACUCAAAUCAAUGAUUCAGCACCAUAUAAUCCAGGCCACACAAAACCCACUAUAGCCCCUUCAACUCUGGCUAAACUCUCAAGAUUCUCUUUUACCUGCAAAACUAAACCCAAGAUCACUGCUCACAUGCAAGUGGAAAUAAAUCCUCCUACUGAAGUGGGAAAUGUUUUGUUUAAAAGAAAGCAAGGGACAGAGUCACCAACUAGAACAAAUUGCAAAGCAAAGCAGACAGAGCCUGCACAUGCUGUAAAGAGAGUGAUGAAUGAUGAUCUUGAGAAUGAAAGCACCGUCAAUGUGAAGAAGAGAAGGUGUUUUAAGAUGGGCCCUCGACCAAGUAUUCAUGAUUCUAAGGGUCCAUUCUCUAGACUGUCCCUGUUUGACUCGGUUGAGUGCAGCAAUGAUGUCCUUGACACUGACUGGGACCAAGAGUUUUCAAAUGGAGGCAAACUUUGAAAUCAUAGGCCCAUGUCAAAAUGUGUUGGGAUAAUAGUAUUAAUGUACUUGAUGUCACACUUGAGGCACAUCAUUUGAAUUCAUUGUCUGAUGUAUUAUUUAGUUACCUCCUUCACCCCAAAAAUAAACUUCAAUUGUUCCAGAAGUUGAGGUGUUCAUCCUGCUGUUGUAUUUAAUCUCCAAGAAUAUUCGUGAUGUUUUGACCAUUGAGCACUCAGUAGUCAUUAGCCUGCUAUAUUACAAACCUGACAAGUGUAAUGACUGUAUAUUGCAUAGACAAAUUCUGUCCUUAAACAAAUGCUCAUGUAGUACUCAAGGCACACCCAGCAGCUCUACAUGAAAUGAGCUCCAAUGUGACAGCUGGCAAAAACCCAGCUGGGACCAUAUCAGAUGCAAGAAUGUUUAAGAGUUUUUUAUUAUUAUGUUUCUAGAAUGGUUGAGAAAUAAGUCAUAAAUUAUUUAUUUUGUCAGUUAAAAGUUUUUGGUUUCUGCAGAAGCAUCAUUUCACUGCAGUUGGAUGUCCUGGUCCAGCAAAAUUACUACCUAAGCUGGUAGAUGAUUAUUAAUCCCAACUUGGACUUUGAGACCCAUCACUGCAUCCAUCCAUGUUGCCUAGCAGCCAUUACAACCUUUCCUUGACACUGACAUCCACUAUCAGUUUGAGGGUUAUUUUUGUCUCCUUAUACAGUGACAGACUACAUGGAGAUUGGAAGCUGUAAGAAAAACAGUAAUUAAAGAGGCCCAGUGGUUUUUGUAUUGAUGUCCAAUUACCCAAAAGCCAAUCUUUUUCUUUUCUUACUUUAACCCCAUUUUGAAAAUCAAUUUGAGUACUUAAGAACUACUGUACAUAUGUAACCCAUGACUUUAAAUAUUUUCAUGCCUUCGUGCCUAGUUUUCUGUUGUCAGUUUCAACUCAUCAUAAACACAGACAUUGACCUCACCUCUGAAUGUUGUCUGUUCCUCAGCAGCCUUAUUAUGCAGGAAACAAAAUGAUUCACUUUAUAAUUCUCACCAUUUUGCCUUGUUUUUCUAUAGAUUUGUCUUUAGAUCUGUUUUUUAGGCAACUUCGCUUCACAGUGUGAUACCUUUUAUUUAGAUCAGUCAAAUCUACUCUGGCCCUUAGUAUUCAAUUUUAUAUACAGUAUUUGGUGUAAGCUGAUCCUAUUGCAUGCUAUGUCCUAUCAUCCAUGUCAAGUGCAAUUCCUCUUUUUGAACAACUUCUGUUGCACAGCUGUAUACAUCUGUUUUGUUUUGAUUACAUAAAGUCUGAAAUAUUUGGAGCUGCACCAAAUUGCACACACUUAUAAAUAUAACUCCCCUAAACAUGUCAUUUUUUUUCAAAUCAAGAUCCAUGAAAUAUUCUCUGAGUAAUAACUACAAUGUUGCAAAACUAACUUGCAAUGUUAAAAAAGGUGGAUCUCCCCCCUGAUCUAAAUCCACAGCAAGAUGUAAUAGAUUCUUUCUUGACCCAUACUGCAUCUCUCCACAAAGUGUAAUGGAAAUCUGUCCAGUAGUUUUGUGCAAUCUUGCUAAAUAACAGACAGACAAGCACAGAGGAAAACAAAACCUCCUUGGUAGAGAUAGUUAGGAUGCUCUGGUGGAGGUAUGCAAAAUUCAAACUUAAAAAGAGUUAGCUCACAGUUUAGUUUAUAUAGAUUUGAUUACCCUUUUCACACUCAUAUCUUACAUUUUUUUUUACAUUGCUGGUGGACAUUGCAGACAUCGUCUAGGUAACAUGUGACAUUAAGUUUGAUCAAUAAAGAGAUGCUUUACCUCAUUACUGGAUCUAUUAGCUGCACUGCCCAAUUGUGGCCAUCAUUUUGGUGAGGGCUGAUUGUGCUAAGGAUAAAAGUAGAAACUUAUGUCUGGAUUGUUAGAUCAAUCCCCACUGCUAAAGUAUAAAUUUCAUCACAAUCUUUCCCUCUUUCCAGAUGUGCCAGGCACAUCCUGUCACCAAGAUACCAAAUGCACACAGUUUGCAUGGUACGCCAGGGCGAAUGGAAAUUUGGCCCUAUAUGUUUAUAGACUAGUGAUUGCAAAUGUUUCCGCCACAGUGUUGCCUUACUCAGUCAGUGCAUGCAUUCAGUGUGUGUCAAUGUGCAGCCACUUUUGUGAUUAAGUGAAACAUUUCCCAUCUAAGAGGAUUCUUCAGUUUAGUUUUCUUGGUGUUGUCAGUAAAUAACAAGAGUUGUUUCUUGUUCCCAUGUGUUAUUCCAUGGCCACAACCUAUUUCCCUACA